UUGUGUUCUUCACAGUACUUCAUUUGAAAAGCAGUCCUUGUCUUGCGCUUGCUUCCUCGCGGACGCAAGUAGCUAUCAAUACUUACUCAGAUGAGUUCGAAUCACCACUCUCCCAUGGUACUUUCAAUGGAGGUAUCAAGUAAGGAUGAAAGUGAGUACCGCAUAUUGGUGCAAAACAUGGUUAGAUAUUUGAUAAUUCCCACCGGUACAUUCGAACGUUCAGCACUUUCUACGCCUCUCAGUUCAUUGCCUGAUCUUCCUGGGGGUGACACCUGGAACGUUGCGUACAUUAGUCGGGAUCCCUCUAGCGGUCAGAUCCUCAUUGAUCGACAGAUACGAACUCUUAUCGGCAUAGUAGACGUCUGGCAUCCUUCGCGUGUUGACUGUCUUGAGCUAAGAAGGCUAAGGCAGCUUACGGCUACCACAUACGAAGCAACUUACGGGAGCGGUGGAUCGCCUAAAACUGUCAUUGCGAAAGUUGCACGUUUCGAGUGGGAAAUACCUCGUUUAGCCCAGGAAACUUCUACAUACAAAAUUCUGCAGAAUACUGGUCUUGCUCCCUGGUUUCUCGGCCACGUCCACGAGCAUGGUCGCGUAAUCGGUUUCAUACUUGAGAAGCUCGAAGGGCGUGAAGCGAACAUUGGGGAUCUAUCGCUAUGUCAGUCCGUACUGGGACGUCUACAUGAUGUCGGGAUCCUUCAUGGCGAUGUCAACAGAUACAAUUUUAUUGUUCGAUCAGAUACGGCUUAUUUGAUUGAUUUCGAAAGAAGCCAACUAUGUGACGACACAAAUGCAUCCAUGCGGGCUGAGAUGGAGAGUUUGCGGGAUCAAUUGGUGGAAAAAACGGGACGUGGAGCAGGUUUCUCUCGAUCAAAAUAAGUGGCCAGUUGAGCAGAAAGGGUAAGCUUCAUUGGGGAGAGUAGCAGAUACUAUGCUAAACAGCAGGUAGUCUUGCAUGGUUUCUGAUUACGUUUGCAGUUUAUCAGUAAUGGUGGCUAGCUUUAUGUGGGC